UAGAAGAGUUCCUAUUGAAAAAGGCAAACGAGGAACCUGGGGGCUUUGAUAAGCUCUGCUUAGUGGCAGCUUCCUUUGAAGAUGUGGGAAAUCACACCAUAGUGACAGCAGGCAUACCAUGCUUCUGCCCUGGCUCUGGCACUGGAGGACAAUUUUCUCUUCAAGCUGCUUCCUGGUGCCAGGGCUUCCGUUACCAUAUCCAACCACCCUCAACCUCCGACAUUUGCGGAGGAUGCGGAGAGUUUGUGGUAUCGUAUGUGUGAAUGUUCUUCUCUCCAUCUAUACCUCUGUAGGGCUCCACCCUUUUCCACCUAUUUCUGUCUGCCUUUGCUUCUUGUUUUAAUUACAAAGUGUUAUUUGGAAGAUGGCUGCUAUGAGCAGUUCCACUUACUCUGCUACCUCUCACCUUACGUCCUGUGUUUCACAGGGGUCCUAAAGGACAUUACCUUGUUGUCAACUUGCUUUUUGGACUAGCUUUCCUGUCUAGCUCUUUUUCCGUGUUGACAGUUAGAGAGAGGCUCGUUAAGGCCAGGCGUGUCCAGUUUAUCAGGGGAGCUUAUGUGGCCACUUUCUGGCUCUCCGCUCUGCUGUGGGACCUCAUCUUCUUCCUCAUCCGCAGUCUGCUGCUGCUGGUGGUGCUUAUACUAUCGUGAAGAAACUUUUACACACAAUGAAAAUGUCCUGGCUGUCACCCUGCUGUUAAUGCUCUAUGGCUCCGCUAUCAUCCGCUUCCUCUACUUGGUCAGCUUCUCUUUCAACAGCACGGCAACGCCUGCGUCAAGCUGAUCAUCAUGCUCACCUUCCUCAGCAUCUGCCCCUUGGUCCUCGUCUCAGUCACAGGUGAACAAGAUCUAGGCUACAUAACAAUCUCAGGAUCCUUGGAUAACACAUUCCUCAUAUUUCCGGGCCGCUGCCUGGGGAUGGCUUUCUCCAACUUCUGUUACAACUUUGGACUACAGAGGUUGUGCGGUGUCAAGGACCUGAGCGAGACUAAAUGCAGUGACGCCGGGCAGAGGCAGCAGCCGGAGCAAGACCAGCAGGUGUCCAGGCCCUUGCCUCAUUGCAGACUUGGCCGUGAGAUGCUGGUCACGUGUGCCCGGAUCUGGGGCAUCCCAGAUCACCACAUCUGUGCUUGUGUGGGCCAGAUUAUUGAGGACUUAGUCACGUACAUGUAUGCUGACAAGCUGGUCAAGACCUACAGUGGUGGUAACAAGAGGAAGCUGAGCUCCGGCAUUGCUCUGAUUGGAGAGCCUGCUGUCAUCUUCCUGGACGAGCCAUCCACUGGCAUGGACCCUGUGGCCCGGUGCCUGCUCUGGAAUGCCGUGGCUCGAGCCCGCGAGUCCGGCAAGACCAUCGUCAUCACCUCCCACGGGUAGAGUCUGGCUCUGCGGGUCACUGGAAGUUUCAAAACCAGGUGGGCUGGGAAGGAGCCAGGUGGCCAGGAGAUCCAUCAGCACCUGGUGCAGAGUCUUCGAGGAAAUUCCCUAGGCUCUGCACAUGAGCCACACUCUGAGCAUGGGUAUCAGGAACGGCCUGAUCAGGGUACCACCCCCCCUUCCUGUCUGCACAAGCCUUUGGUACCCUCAGCCCUGUCUCAGGCCCUGCCCUCUCCCCAGCAUGGAGGAGUGUGAGGCCCUGUGCACCCGGCUGGUCAUCAUGGUGCAGGGGCAGUUCAAGUGCCUGGGCAGCCCCCAGCACCUCAAAAGCAAGUUUGGCAGCAGCUACUCCCUGAGAGCCAAGGUCCGGAGUGAAGGGCAGC